CAACUGUCCCUGCACACACUACGAAGCUGCUGCGGGAAGCAAAUCAGUAGGGAGACGAGAUGUGUAGAAUCAUGUACGUCGUUAAGUGCUGCUUAUUUUCAUGUGUCCUUCUACAACUUUGCAGUGCACAGAACCUUAACUGCACCAUCACCCAUUAUGCAGACCGAACAUUCUACAACGUCUCAGACGGGUCUCGGGUCUUUGAUGUCAAGGAAUCCAACUGCCCAUUCUCGUGGGCCAACGGAACUGACCAUGUGUUGGCACAUCAAAGCAGUAGAGACCCUGACCUGGUGAUGGACUCCAACAUCAACCAUCUCAUCACCUCAAAAUGCUUUCAAAUCAUUUUGUUUAAACGUCACUGCCCUUCUGAGGGGACAGAUUACACAGCUAACUGCAUAACCAACUGCACUCUAACUUCUCUCGGAACAUCUCAGGAAACAAAAGAGAGUCCUACUGUUGGUAUUACUGUUGCUGUCCUGUUGCUGGUCGGGCUCUUCUUCGUCCUCCUUAGUGCCUUGUGCUACAAAUGCAGAAAGAGAAUUCCAGGUAUUUUUAAAUCACAUCACUAUAUAAAAUGUCAUGAAUUUCCCUCAUCUGGCAAGUUUUCCAAUAAUACUCUAUUUUUAUUGAUAGGAUAUGCAGCUUGUAUCUCACGACGCCUCUACACUUCGCCUGUGAAGUUGUAGAACGUUGCCUUCACAGCAGUUUAGGAUGGUAGCUCAAGACUGAAAUCUAAAGUAGUUCAGUAUACUGUGGCACGCCAUGUAUAGGCAUUAUGACCUAUUCAUGCUGAAAACUAUAGUCAUGCUUUUUAAUCAUUCCUACAUUAUCUCUGCUGCACUACUCUUUACAUUUGGCCAAAAUCAGUGUGUUGUGCCUUUCUUUAGGGAACCAUCUUUUCCCUGUUUAAAAAAAAUGACACACCCUUUUUUAAAUCCGUAUUUCAGCUACCUAAAUUGUGUUAUCUAUUCAUGUCACAGUUUAAACUGUGUUGCUGUAACAAUGUAUGGGAUUAGUAGCCCAAUCAUGUAUUAGCAUCGCUGAUCAGUUCUUAAUUUGGUUCUAAAAACCCACAUCCACUACCAUCAUGUUAACAAGCCAUUGCUGCAAGAAAAGGUUCCAGGGAAACACUUUAUCAUAUAUGGUUUUGCUUUUAUAUAUUAUCUAAGGCUGUACACUUUACAAAUGAAUGUAAUCAGUUAAGGACAAUGUGUACACACAUGUGAUUUGGGAUACAUGUGGUUAUCACUCAAGCAAAGACCGUCAGUGUGACAGAUGUUGAGUUACAGUGACACUGUAAGCUUCAUUCACUGUGUCAUUGUUACAUUUGAGACAUAAUCCACCACAGUUGUCUUUAGAUGUAUAUCUGACUGGAUAUGGAACACUUAAUAAUAGUACUUAAUAUUCCCUUGAUAAUAGUUGCACAGCCAUUAGUUGGCUAUGAUGUUUUGGUGCACAGAUACAUAGUUAUUGAGGCUGUGGAAGCAGACAGACAGCUAGUAUACUUUUAGGACCAACGCCCAGUAGCAAUGCAGUAACCUCCCCAGGUCCAGGACCUCAUAUUGGUGUUAACGGGAACCAAAGCUGUGGAAGUUCGGAGACUCGUAAUGCAGCACCAGGGCGUGCCCAUUCAGUGUCCUGUAGCAGUACAACUCUUAAUAUUCAUCUGAAGCCUUAAGUCAUUCCCUGCACAGAGAAAUAUACAUGUUUUUAUUUUUAUAUUUCUCAUAUAUAUUAAUAGAUAUAUUUGUACUGAUGGAUAAUACAAUAAAUAUAUAAUAUAGUAAGUAAAUAAUGUUAGCAUAUUUAUAUCUGAAUAUAUAUAUAUAUUAUAUUUUAUACACUAUACUAUAAUUAUAAAUACACUGAAAGGGUUUGGAUGUAAUAAUGUGUGCAAUGUAAUUCUAUCCAAUACAAUUGUUUGUGACGUAAUGAAGAUAUAGUCGUAUUGGAGGUUGUAAGGAGGUUGUAAGUCAUUGUAUGUCUUUUAUUCUUCAAUUAUACGCCAUGAGUCUCCCUGUAAACUUCUUCUCUUCAAUAAA